GCCAGCUAUCCGUUCUCAUCCUCCGAUCUAUAUUGUGAAGCAUUGUGUCGGCCUGGGACGUACCGUGUACUGCGCUCGCGGCUGCAAGCAAAGGCAAGAACCAUGGGCCAGGGCAACCUCAUGCAUGCUUUCAUCGAGCAGAACGAUCACCGAUGUCACCAUCCCCUGGCUUCUCCUCUCCAUCUGGGGGACAAGAGCCCGCGACCAGAACGAUAUAUCUCCAUACUUUCACUUGGCCAACCCAUCAACUCAUCGCGAAGUGCCACCAGGGUUAUUUGGUCAAAUGCUGUCGACCAUGUCCCCUCUUCCAUGUCGUAGGAAUGACUCGACUCAACCAAUUUCCGCGUCGCAUCACCCUAUUGCGCAACGUGCCGUGUCCAUCACUGCAACAGCUCGGCUUUGGGUACUGUGAAGGGACCAAGGGACUCAGAUACGGCAAGCACAUGGGGUUCCAUAGCAGAAGCAUCGUCAGUUUGGUCCUUCGAUGGCUCCGGGUCAUGUACGGCCGGGCUGGCAUUAGGCGAACUCAUCCCGAACCUAUUCCGACCGAGCUGCCCAUGAUGGUGCCCGGGUGCUGUGCCAAGAGUCCAGAGGCGGCAUUUUUGACCGUCAGGACAUGGUCUGUGCAUAAGUGAUCUGCGCAUGCGGCAUGUUUUGACACAUUACUAAUCACCCCGGUCAUUACUCCGAACGCCGACCCGAUCCGAUGCGAUCCGAUCGGGCCACCGCCCAACAUCGAUCACCGACUCUCCUCUGAUCCUAUUUGACAUCACGAUGCUUAAAAGAGAAGGCAUACCAGCCGCAGCGUCUUGUAUUUCGCAGAUUUAUCAAGCCUUCUCACU